AUGGCGCCAGGAAGCGGACGUGAUUUCAACUGCUCCUGGGAGGAUUGCGGAAAAUCCUUCAACCGCAAGUCCGACCUCUGCAGACACUAUCGAAUACACACCAACGAACGUCCGUAUCACUGCAUGUUCAAGGACUGCAACAAGAGCUUCAUCCAGCGGAGUGCCUUGACCGUGCACUCUCGGACACACACCGGCGAAAAGCCCCAUGUCUGCGACCAUGAGGGUUGUCACAAAGCCUUCUCCGAUUCCUCGAGUCUGGCGCGCCAUCGCAGAAUCCACACCGGCCGUCGGCCGUAUAUCUGCCAGGAACCCAUUUUCUGCCGCAAAACCACCCUCACCAAACACCAAAACCGCUCCCACCCUCCCGGAGCCAUGCACCGCACCCCCUCCGAAGACCUCACUCCCGAUCGAUCCUACCAGCCGCCCGUCACCGCCGUCCCCCACGACCAGUACCUGCUCGCCCAGCAGCCCUACUACCCGCCGACGUCCACCCCCACCACCCACGAAUUCUACCCGCCCCAGCCCAUCCAGAUCACCCAGGUGCCCGCCGUGCAGGAGGCGGCGGCAGCACCCCCGCCGCCCAUCGUGACGCACAGCAUGCCCGUGCCACCGGCGCCGGUGGAUGUGCAGCACGCCCAGCAGCAGUACAUGCAGCUGAUGCAGCAACAACGGUAUGAAUCCGCGCGUCCGGGGUAUGUGUCGCCGGAGUUUCAGCCUGCGUUUCAGGCCGGCGUCCCGCCCAUCGAGGGUCAUGCGCUUAUGGUGACCUACCCCCAGAAUUUUGCCUACAAACAGCAGACGCGCCUGCUGAACCAGCCCGAGGGCACCGACUGGGGGUUCCUGGGGGUGGGCUGA